UCUCUCUCAGCUUUGAGUCGGUCAGCGAUGCCGUUCGGUCUCAUGAGACGGGAGCUGGCUUGUGAGGGCUACCCCAUCGAGCUGCGCUGCCCCGGCAGUGAUGUCAUCAUGAUCGAGACGGCCAACUACGGCCGCACCGACGACAAGAUCUGCGACGCCGACCCCUUCCAGAUGGAGAACGUGCAGUGCUACCUGCCCGACGCCUUCAAAAUCAUGUCCCAGAGGUGCAAUAAUCGCACGCAGUGUGUGGUGGUAGCGGGGUCCGACGUGUUCCCUGACCCCUGCCCUGGGACCUACAAGUACCUGGAGAUCCAGUAUGAGUGUGUCCCCUACAGACAAGACAAGACCACGAGAGAAGUGGAUCAAAAAGUCUUUGUUUGUCCUGGGACUCUCCUGCGGGUCCAGGCCGCCAGCUCUGUGCAGGAGGCGGAGCACCAGUCGGGGGCGUGGUGCAAGGACCCCCUGCAGUCGGGGGACCGGCUGUACGUCAUGCCCUGGACCCCCUACCGCACGGACAUGCUGUACGAGUACGCCUCCUGGGAGGAGUUCCGCCAGAACCGCGCCACCACCACCUACAAGCUGCCGAACCGGGUGGACGGCACGGGGUUCGUGGUCUACGAUGGCGCCGUGUUCUACAACAAGGAGCGCACGCGCAACAUCGUCAAGUACGACCUGCGCACGCGCAUCAAGAGCGGCGAGGCCAUCAUCGCCAACGCCAACUACCACGACACCUCGCCCUACCGCUGGGGCGGCAAGUCCGACAUCGACCUGGCGGUGGACGAGAACGGCCUGUGGGUCAUCUACGCCACCGAGUCCAACAACGGCAGGCUCGUGGUCAGCCAGGUGAACCCCUACACCCUGCGCUUCGAGGGAACGUGGGAGACCGCCUUCGACAAGCGCCUGGCGUCCAACGCCUUCAUGGCGUGCGGGGUGCUGUACGCGGUGCGCUCGGUGUACCAGGACGACGACAGUGAGGCCGGCGGGGACCUGGUGCUGUACGCCUACAACACCAACCGCAACCGCGAAGAACCCGUGCACAUCGCCUUCCCCAACCCCUACCAGUACGUCUCCUCCAUCGACUACAACCCCCGGGACAACCAGCUCUACGUCUGGAACAACUACAACGUGCUGCGCUACCCACUGGAGUUCGGGCCCCCGGACCCGACGACAGAGCCCCUCACUACGACGCAGGUGUCCAGCACCACGCCCGUCCGGAUUUUCACCCCCACCGUUCCCCGGAGCUCCAGCCCCUCCACGCCCCGCCCGCUGCCCCCCACCUCUCACCCAAUCGGGGCCAUCAACAAGGGCCCGGACCUGCGUCCCAUCACCGCCACCGUCCCCGUGACCCGACGCCCGCCCCGCCCCCCGCAGGGCCCGGAGCAGCACAUGUGUGAGAGCAGGGUGGCUCGGGGGGUGCAGUGGCCCCCCACCCAGAGGGGCGAGACCGUGGACCGACCAUGCCCCAAAGGGUCUCUGGGCAUCGCCUCCUUCCAGUGCCUCACCAACCCAGUGAUGUGGAAUCCUCGCGGCCCUGACCUCAGCAACUGCACCUCCCCCUGGGUCAACCAGGUGGCCCAGAAGAUUAAGAGUGGGGAGAAUGCGGCGAACAUCGCGGGCGAGCUGGUGAACCACACGCGGGGGCGGAUCCACGCCGGUGAUGUCAGCUCCUCAGUGCGCCUCAUGGAGCAGCUGCUGGACAUCCUGGACGCCCAGCUGCAGGCCCUGCGUCCCGGCAACAAGGAGUCCGCCGCCCGCAACUACAAUAAGAAGAGGGAGCGCACCUGUCGGUCUUACAUCCGGGCGGUGGUGCAGACAGUAGAUAAUCUCCUGCGGCUGGAGGCUCUGGAGUCUUGGCAGGACAUGAAUGGCACAGAGCAGGCCCACACCGCCACCAUGCUGCUGGACGUCAUGGAGAAGGGCGCCUUCCUGCUGGCCAACAACCUGUAUGACAACCGCUUCACCGACCGAGCCGACAACAUCGAUCUGGAGAAGGGGCUUUCAAAGCCGACGCAGUCAGAACCCCGCGCGGGGAGGAGCGAGUCCCGCUCUCCGUGGUGCUGCGAGACGCGCUGCGACCCGCCGGUGCGUUUCCCGAAAACCCCCCGACAGACAGACAGACCGCAGAUCAGGUCGGCGCUGUCCGAGGUUCUGAAGGAGCGCGAGAAGGAGGCUCGGACGCUUUCAGCGUGGGUCCGUCGUCCCCAGAAGGAGUUCGGCCAGCGUGACACAGGAAAACAGCGCAGUGUGGUGACGCGGGGAGAUUAG